AUGAUAUAACUUCCAAAAACCCCUUAAUACUCUUCUACUACUUUGAAGAAUUAAGAAAGUAAUUCAAAGCAAAACAUUUAAUCACUAAAGGUUGAAAAAUCAAGAAAUUUCUUAAUCGAUGAACCUUAAGAGAUGUCAAUCACUUUGAUUAAGGAAAAACCUUGCUACAAUGAAUUAGCUGUUUUCGAUACCUCUAUAAGAUAAAAGAUUUCUCCAAAUGAAACUAAAAUCCUAUUGAACAAUGAUCAAUCAAAUUUAAAUGUUAAUCACACUGAAGAUGCAUUAUAAAAUGCUUAAUUUUAAGGAUGCUGCUUUUGUAAAGAAAAUGAAAAUUUAAUCCCUAUAUGUAGAUGUUCUUAAGCACACUUUAAAUGUGCAAAUAACUUUUUAAAACAAGGCCCUAUUUUAGAAUAAUUAAAAUGUCAAAAAUGUCAUGAUUUUAGACAAGUGAACAGUUAGGUAUAUUUUGAUUUUAGCCUUUGGCAAUAAAACAAAUGGCAUCUAUUAUUUGAGACCAUGUUUCUAUUGAUUAUCUUAAUGAUAAUUGGAAUUUUAAGCUACUUUACUACCCACUUACUAGAAGAGUCAUUUGAGAAUGAGAGAAUAUUAAUUUCCUGUUUAGUUUUUUCAUAUACUGUUUGUUUCAUAGUACUAAUUUGUAUGAUUUCUAAGAUCAUAAGCCAUUUCAAGAAAAUAAGCUUUACUAUAAAAUCAUACGAUCCUUUAUACUAGAAGAUUAAUCAAAACUAUAUAAAGUUAAUGCAAGAACUAUGA